AUGGCUUCUCCCGAGGAAGCCAGCUUCAAGAAUAUAUUAAUAUCAAUAAGAGAUAAACCAUCUAUAGUAGAUGAGACUAUAACAGUUAAACGAAAAAUAACAAACUUCCUAACACCACACACCGAUUCAGUAAGUCCACAACAAGGACCGAAACCAAAAAUGGCAUAUAUAGAAAAAGCACCAAGUAAUUAUAUACCAGGAAAAGCAGUUAAAAUUAUCAGCGAUAAGAAACAGCAUAGAAUUGAAGAUGAGGUAAGUGAUACAUAUAGCUCACUCGAUAGUUACCUGGCAAAGGAUCAGAACGAUAUUUACCAACGUAGAGUCAGCGAGAGCAAUAUAACAAAAGAAAAGAAACGAUGUUCCACAUCGACUAUAAGGAAACUAAAAUCUGAUGAUAUUAAGAAAAGUAAAUCUGAGGUAAGGAGGCUGUCCGUUGUAGCUGACGUGUUGCGCGCGAGACGACGACCGCGCGCAAUUAGAACAAUAGUGCUAUAA